CACGCUCGCACUAUCAUGGAGGUACCACUGGAGACCACGGAACAUGUAUUACCAGAGGUAAAAUAUGAAUAUCUAGACCACACGGCGGAUGUGCAGUUGCAUGCUUGGGGCGAAACGUUACAGGAAGCGUUCGAACAGUGCGGGAUGGCAAUGUUUGGCUACAUGACCGACCUGCCGACGGUGGACAUUAAAAUGUGCUACCAAAUCACAACCGAACCGACGGACGAUUUGGACAACAUGUUGUUCCGGUUUCUGGACGAGCUGCUUUUUCUCUUUUCGGCGGAACCGUUUCUCAUUUGCAAGAAGCUCGAAAUAACGAAGUUCGAUCUGGAUCAGUUUACCAUCGAGUGCAACUGCUACGGCGAAGAGUUUGAUUUGCAAAAACAUCCCCAAGGCACGGAGGUGAAAGCGAUUACUUACUCAGCAAUGCAGAUCUACAAAAAGCCGGAACACGAGAAGAAUGAAGUGUUUGUUAUAAUUGAUAUUUGAAUAUUAACCUACGG